AUGUCCUUCCUCGCGCCCAGCCUCAACAGCUGGUGGUGGUGCUUCCUCGAGAACCACGUCUACGCCCUGCGCAGCCCGCCGCCGCCGCGCAAGCGCACCCGGCCGAUGGAGGUCAUCUGCGUCGGCCCGCCGCGCAGCGGGACCGAGUCCCUGCAGCAGGCGCUGCUGAUCCUGGGCUACGAUCACACCUACCACGGCUGGGACAUCGUCUUCGACGAGCAGGUGCACUCCCCGGGGUGGUGCGCGCUCGCGCGGCGCAAGUGGUUCGGCGUCGAGGACGGCGAGUCCGGCGGCCUCACGGCGGCCGACUUUGACGCGCUGCUGGGCCACUCGGUCGCCGUCACCGACGCCGCGGCCAGCGUCUUCGCCGCCGAGAUGGUCGCCGCGUACCCGGACGCCAAGGUGGUGCUCAACAUGCGCGGCGACGAGGACGCGUGGCACGCAAGCGUCGUGCGGACGCUCGUGCGGGCCAACUCGAGCUGGGCGUGGUACCUGGCCAGCUGGGUCGACCGCGAGUGCUUCUGGGCGUGGCACGUCUACGAGCGGUACAUGUGGCCGCUGUUCUUCCGGGCGCCGGACGGGGACAUGGCGGGCGCGAUCAAGAGGAAUGGCAAGUGGGUGUAUCGCGGUACGUUCAGUGUCAAUUUCGACAGUCGUGAUGUCAUUGUCUGGGUUUUACUGAUAAUAUGCAAUAUUCCAGAGCAUUGUAACAUGAUCCGCGGUCUUGUGCCCAAGGAGCGGCUCCUCGAGUGGGACAUCAAGGACGGCUGGAAGCCACUCUGCCAGUUCCUGGGCAAGGACGUGCCUUACGAGGAGUUCCCCCAUGCUAACGCGGCGACCGGCGGGUGGAAGGCACGGGAGCAGCAGGCGGCGAAGGUUUGGAUUGAGAGGGCAUUCUGGAGACUAUUCUUGAUCGCGAGUAUCUUCACUGCCGGCGGUUGGUACUGGCUCAAAAGAGCGGGGUGA